GAUGCGCCUGCUGUAGCAAAGGUGCAGCAGCACGGGGGAGGAGGACGCAACGCCGACGGGACACGAGCAUCGAAGCUGACGGGCCGCAGGAGGCGAGAGGACAUUCGCAUCGGCCCGAGCAGCUGGUGAUCGGGAGCGCGCCGAAAGAUCCGCCCCCCCCACCCCCAUGGCAAACUUCCGAACGUGUCGAGGCAGGCAGAGCCUGAGCAGCGAUGCAUCGCACAGAACGAACAGCUGGCACUGCUGUGAAGACCGCCCGCCCGCGCGGCCUGCAGCCGCGCGCACAAUCCAGCACAGCUUCUCGACCAGCGGCACGCGCGACACGGUGGCGCGAGAGGGGCGCCCCCCGCGGCCAGGUGGGGCGGCCGUCACCGUGGCGCGUCGGCGUCCGUCGGCGUCGAGCGGGGGGGAGGAGGAGGAGGAGGAGGAGGAGGAGGAGGAGGAGGAGGCGCGAGAGUUGCCGAGACGACCGCCGGCUGCUGGAGGAAGGCGCGGCACUGCAUGCCUGUAAUGGGCAGGAGAUGCAUCCGUAACCGCGGCCUCGCGGCUCAGACGCCUCGGCCGCGCCCCUGGGAUGCAGGGCCCCUCCGCGCGGAUGCCCCGCCAAGAACGCAUCCAUGGGAUCGCAAUCCAUGGAAUGGGCCCAGG